AUGAAUUUUGAACCGGCACCUUUCACCACCUUGCAGUACUACCCUGAUCCCUGCAUCCAGCGGUUUGUAGAAACUCCGAGCCACUUCUCCUGGAAGGAGAGUUACUACCGAUCAGCCAUGUCCCAGAGCUCACAGCCCAGGGAAUUCCUCAGCCCAGAGGUGCUCCAGCAUAUCUGGGACUUCCUGGAACAGCCAAUAUGCUCGGUUCAGCCGAUCGAUUUAAACUUCAUCGAUGGCCCAUCUGAAAAUGGCCCUACAAACAAAAUAGAGAUUAGCAUGGACUGCGUCCGGGUGCAGGACACGGAGCUGAAUGACCCAAUGUGGCCGCAGUACACGAACCUGGGGCUCCUGAACAGCAUGGACCAGCAGAUCCAGAAUGGCUCUUCCUCCACCAGUCCCUACAACACGGAGCAUGCGCAGAACAGCGUCACAGCCCCCUCGCCUUAUGCCCAGCCCAGCUCGACUUUUGACGCCCUCUCGCCCUCCCCAGCCAUCCCUUCCAACACAGACUACCCAGGACCUCACAGCUUCGAUGUAUCAUUUCAGCAGUCUAGCACAGCAAAGUCAGCAACGUGGACGUAUUCCACCGAACUGAAAAAGCUGUACUGCCAGAUCGCCAAGACAUGUCCCAUCCAGAUCAAAGUGAUGACCCCGCCACCUCAGGGAGCUGUCAUCAGGGCUAUGCCAGUCUACAAGAAAGCUGAACAUGUCACCGAAGUGGUCAAACGCUGCCCGAACCACGAGCUGAGCCGGGAGUUCAACGAGGGGCAGAUUGCGCCUCCGAGCCACCUGAUCAGGGUGGAAGGGAACAGCCAUGCUCAGUACGUAGAAGACCCCAUCACUGGGAGGCAGAGCGUGCUGGUCCCCUACGAGCCGCCCCAGGUUGGUACGGAGUUCACGACAGUCUUGUACAACUUCAUGUGUAACAGUAGCUGCGUGGGAGGGAUGAACCGUCGCCCGAUCCUCAUCAUUGUCACACUGGAAACCAGAGACGGGCAAGUCUUGGGCCGCCGAUGUUUCGAAGCCCGCAUUUGCGCUUGCCCAGGCAGAGAUCGCAAAGCAGACGAGGACAGCAUCCGCAAGCAGCAAGUCUCCGACAGCACAAAGAAUGGUGAUGGUACGAAGCGCCCUUUUCGACAAGGAACUCAUGGCAUACAGAUGACAUCUAUCAAAAAAAGACGUUCCCCAGAUGAUGAGCUCUUAUACUUGCCGGUGAGGGGACGGGAGACAUAUGAAAUGCUACUAAAGAUCAAAGAGUCCCUGGAACUAAUGCAGUACCUUCCCCAGCACACAAUUGAGACCUACCGGCAGCAGCAGCAGCAGCAGCACCAGCACUUGCUCCAGAAGCAGACCUCCAUGCAGUCACAGUCAUCCUACGGCUCCAACUCUCCACCGCUCAGCAAAAUGAACAGCAUGAACAAGUUGCCUUCGGUCAGCCAGCUAAUUAACCCCCAGCAGCGCAAUGCCUUGACCCCAACCACCAUCCCCGACGGCAUGGGAACCAACAUUCCCAUGAUGGGCACCCACAUGGCCAUGACCGGCGACAUGAAUGGCCUCAGCCCCACACAGGCGCUGCCUCCUCCCCUCUCCAUGCCUUCAACAUCCCACUGCACCCCCCCUCCUCCGUACCCCACAGACUGCAGCAUCGUCAGCUUCUUAGCGAGGUUGGGCUGCUCAUCCUGUGUGGAUUAUUUCACGACCCAGGGGCUGACCACCAUCUAUCAGAUUGAGCAUUACUCCAUGGAUGAUCUGGUGAGCCUCAAGAUCCCGGAGCAGUUCCGCCACGCCAUCUGGAAAGGCAUCCUGGACCACCGGCAGCUCCAUGACUUCUCCUCCCCUCCCCACCUCCUGCGCACCCCCAGCGGCGCCUCCACCGUCAGCGUGGGCUCCAGUGAAACCCGGGGGGAGCGGGUCAUUGACGCGGUCCGCUUCACGCUCCGGCAGACCAUUUCCUUCCCGCCCCGCGACGAGUGGAACGACUUCAACUUUGACAUGGAUGCCCGGCGCAACAAACAGCAACGCAUCAAGGAGGAAGGGGAGUGAGCUCCGCGGACCCCGCUUCACCCCGCCUCGGCCACAAACUGCUCAGCCCUUCAUUUGUCUUCCUUCAGCUUGGUACUGCACCCUUGGACGAAGGGCGGAGGGAACCUUCUUGCUCACUCAUGCUAGGUUAUGCCCUUGAUGCUGUCUAGGCCAUACUCCUGGACCGCGACCUCCACCCCAGCUCUUUCAAGGGGAAGAGCUGAGCGAAGGGGGAAGGCGGGUGGUAUUUCCUUGAAAGCCGUUGACCUUCUCAAGAAGGCGUUGUUCUUGUUUCAUGUUUUCCUUUGGGGAGAGGGCUUCUUUUCUUGACUUUUGAAUCCUCACACACCUUGUGGGCAUCCUGACCUGCAAACUUGUCUCUCUCAUCCAGCGAUCCCACUUUUGAAAGUGGGAAGGUUAUAAUAAAUUUUUAAAAA